UAUUUUAGUUAAAAAUAUUUAUUGGACAAUAUUAAACAAAUUUAUGAUGUUUAAGCUAAUUAAAUUAAAUUAUGUUCGUAGUUGUGUUCAUAUACCGAAUAAUUCAUAUGCAUCACCUAGUGGAAUUAUUUCAUUGGGAAAGUCUAAAAAAAAACUGGGCAAAGGAGGUCCAGUUUUAGAAAAAUCUGAAAUUCCUGUUGAAACUGAUGCCAAAAAAUUAAUUAAUUUUGUAUGUGGGAGUAAUAUACUAAAAGAAGGGCAAGAUGUAGAAAUAAAGCCUAACUCAGAAUACCCAGACUGGCUUUGGAAUUUGAAUAUAGGUGGACCAGUACCAUUACAAGAAUUGGAUCCUAAUUCAAAACAAUAUUGGCUCAGAGUACGGAAAUUAGCAAUGAGAAGGAAUAACUUACUAAAUAAAUUAAAAAGGUUUUAGGCAUAUUAUAUAAUAUGAUAGAUUUAUAAAUAGUGAUAACA